CGGCCUGUUAUAAACCUUUGGAACAAGAAGGAUUUGAAACCAGGCCCUAUCAUCCAGAGGUAGGGACAUUACCACUCUGCCAAAGGAGCAGCCUUGAGGUGCAAGUGAUUAAAACGGCCCCGGAUUACUGAGUGGCGAAUUCGCCUUAUUCUGUACAGGCAGCCGCCUCCCGGUUGGGGGCCAAAUAACAUGGAACUGCUUUGUGGCCCGUUUCUGGCAGGCAUGGCAGCAGGCAGCGAGUUAACUGAGAAGUCAGCAAAGUGAAGAACGCAGAGGAACGCUCGAACUGUCGAUGAUUCGGGACUACCGCUGAACCUUCAAAUUAUGCUUCGGAGCAGAUACAUAUUGUAUCCUGCGGCGACACGUGACUGGCUGGGUCACGCUGCCAGGAGAUCAGGCAGUGAGGGUUUUCACUUGUGUUUCGCAGUGGAAAGGGUUUGGGCUGUAAACAUGGCACAUAUUGGGAGUCUGGAAGAAGGUGCCAGGAGUAAUAACUGUCACGAACAUCUACAAAACUUCCGAGACAAGAAGGACAUUAUCACCAGCUUGGUGUCUGCCUUGGACUCCAUGUGCACAGCGCUCUCAAAGUUAAACACUGAAGUGGCCUGUAUUGCUGUUCAUGAGGAAACCAUCUUUGUUCUGGGAACAGAGAAAGGAAAAUUGUUUUUAAAUGCCAGGAGGGAACUGCAAAAAGAAUUUGUCAAAUAUUGCACAGCCAACUGGAACGCACACCUCCGGGAGAUGGAGAUGUUGAAAAUGGUGACAGACAAUGGCCGGAAUGUUCAAAGGGAUUCGCUGGAUCCCAUGGCUGAUGUUUUUGUCCUGCGCAAAAUGGUGGAACAAGUCUUUGCUGUACUUUACAGUGAGGCACUGGAAAAGUCUUCAAUUGUCCCCGUGCCUUAUGAGAAAAUCUUGAAGGAUCCGCCUUCUGUCGUGGUGCAUGGGUUGCCUGAGGGGGUCAGCUUCAAGCGGCCGUCCGAGUACGAAGCCCACACUCUGAAGAGAAUUCUGGAGCGGAGUAACCGAAUCCGAUUUAUUCUGAAAAGGUCGUUUGAUGAGGAUCUCCAGGAGGUGAGGACCCAUGUGGACCGGGAUCGGGAAAUCCAGCCUGGGAAAAGCACUUGUGAUUUUAAUCGGGAGAGUCCGGUGACUAAAGUAUCCAAUCAGGACACAAGCAAUGGACGGACACCACCACAAUUCCUUUAUGACCUCCCAGGAUCCAGGAUUCCAUUGGAUUCAAACCAAGAACUUUUGACUAUGAGAUCUAUGACAAACCUUAAUCACGGCCUUUCACCCACCGGAGCCUCAAUUAUGAUGGACUCGAAUAAGCUCACCCCUGCUCGAGAUUGUGCUGAUGAUACUGGUAAAAAUACAACAGGGUUUAUUGGUGAACUCAGCAACAUCUCUCAACAUUCACACGUUUCAAAGCGGCUCCUUUUUUCUAUAGUACACGAUAAAGCAGAGAAAUGGAACUUGUAUAUAAAGGAGACGGAAGAUAUCAACAUUCUGAGGGAAUGUGUGCAGAUUCUUUUCAACAGCAGAUAUGCUGAGGCCUUAGGUUUGGAUCAUAUGGUUCCUGUUCCAUACAGGAAGAUUGCCUGCGACCCAGAGGCGGUGGAAAUCAUAGGGAUACCGGAAGGAAUUCCCUUCAAGCGACCUUGCACCUAUGGAGUUCCCAAACUGAAACGUAUCUUGGAAGCAAGACACAAAGUUCGGUUUGUUAUUAAAAGGAUGUUUGAUGAGCGAGUUCUAACAGGCAACAAAUACAUACGGGAUGGUUCCAAACCGGAUAGCCAUUCCCCUUUGGAUGAGGAGUCUCACAGAACAAUGGCACUGGACAUGACCCCAAAGAACCACAUUUGCAGGUCGCUGAAGGUGAAAGAAGGUGAAACGGGUGCCUCCAUUGAUCUGUCAACAAUGAAAAAAGUGAAGACAGAGCCAGAAGAUUCAGAAAUCAUUCAAAUCACUGUUCAAGAUCCACAUACUACCUCGGAAGACAUCAGUGAAAACCUGUCCGCUAAAUCCCCCUCUGAGGAAACUAGCAUAUUGCUGGAAUCCCCAUCAGAUGCUGCACAGGACAAUGUUUCUAAUCAUGAAGAUCCACACGUGCUGGUGAAAGAAGAAUGGAAUGAAAAGAUUACAGAACUGAGGAAGCAGGUUGAGAUCCUUUUCGACAGAAAGUAUGGUGAAGCGAUGGGACUUUCCAAUCCAGUGAAGAUCCCUUAUUUGAAAUUCCAGUCCCAUCCUGAGGAAUUACUUGUGGAAGGUUUGCCAGAGGGUAUCCCAUUCAGGAGACCCAAUUGCUUUGGAAUUUCGAAGCUCCAGAAGAUUUUAGAAGCGAGCGAGGGCAUUCAGUUUAUCAUCAAAAAGCCACAACUUCUACUUGAAGGACAAGAUUCAUGCAAGGAGAAAAAGAAUACAGCAGCAAAAACACAAGAGCCUCAUGACUAUGUGAAAGGUGAAGCAACACAGCUAAAAAGACAGAUCCAAACAGAAACACCAGACAAGACGACAGCAAAGUACCUGACAAAUUCAGAUGGAAAUAAGGUCAACAAUUCCCUCAACAUUAUUGAAGUGACAAUCCCAGAAAAUUAUGAUGCAAAGCUCACGAGAGUGGACAUUGCCAAUAAUCUACGGGAGCAAGUCCAGGACCUGUUCAAUCGCAAAUAUGGAGAAGCUUUAGGUAUAAAAUAUCCUGUGCAAGUUCCAUAUAAACGGAUAAAAAGCAACCCUGGCUCUGUUAUAAUCGAAGGGCUUCCACCUGGCAUUCCAUUUCGAAAACCCUGCACAUUCGGAUCCCAGAACCUGGAGAGGAUCUUGGCCGUGGCCGACAAAAUCAAAUUCACCAUAACCAGGCCUUUCCAAGGACUCAUUCCCAAACCUGGCCUGCACACUCAUCAACCUUAUCCUCACCCAGUGCCGCUGGCUGCCUGUGUCCCCGCAAAAGAAUUUCAAGAUCCUCAGAAGGCAAAAUGCUGCUGGAAAUCUGAAAUAAAAACAGAAAAUGCUGGAAACACUCAACGAAAUGAAGAAGCACCUAGAAGAAUAACGUCAUUGGAAAAAGCAUAUGCUGCUUUACAGGAGGAUGAAGAGGCAAACAGACUUGGAGAGAAGGUCAUACUCAGAGAGCAAGUGAAGGAAUUAUUCAAUGAAAAAUACGGAGAGGCCCUGGGACUGAACCGGCCUGUUUUGGUGCCAUACAAAUUAAUCCGAGAUAAUCCUGAUGCGAUUGAAGUGACUGGGUUACCAGAGGACAUCCUUUUCCGGAACCCGACCACUUACGAUCUUAGCAGAUUGGAAAAAAUUUUAACAGUCCGAGACCGAAUCAGGAUGACCAUUAAAAGUCAGUUACAGCCUUUUGCAGAGAUUUGUAAUGAAGCAUCAAAAUCAGCAUCCAAACAAGAUGCAACACACAAACGGAAGCGAAGAAGAGUUUCAGAGGGGAGCAUUGUGCCGUCAUCCUCAAACAUGGAAGCAGGCGUAUCUCCAAAUCCAGUCCCUCUUGUGGUAAUUAAUUUUGCAAAUUAA